AUGCCUUCAUCGCAGAAUACCUCUUGCGAUGAAGCAACAAGUCUGCUUCAAGAGACCCCAGGAAGCCCAGAUCAGGUAUAUAGAGGCAAGAAAGCCCCAUCUGACUCACACUGGAUCACUACAGUUAUAUUGCUGUGCGGUGGAGCGGUCCUGUUCGAUCUUUCAAACAAUUUGGGUUCGGUCGCAGAGGUUGCGAUCUUAGAAGAUAUAGUAUGCCGGGAUUAUUAUGCUACCACUACUGCGAACCCGAUUCUUCCGAGUUUAGAAAGAUGUAAGAUAGACCCUGUCCAGACUGAGAUUGCUCUGCUCAAUGGCUGGCGAGAAACCUUCGAGACUAUCCCUGCCAUACUUCUUGCCUUGCCUUACGGCAUGCUGGCGGACAAGAUUGGUUACAGGCCAGUCGCUUUAUUGGCCUUCCUGGGCAAUGCCAUGAGCUCCAACUGGAGUAGAGUAGUUUGUUAG